AUGUCUGAGAAAGCAGGAACCGACAAGCCUCCAGAGAGCCCGACAACGGCGCGUGAGCUCGACUUCGACGAUGACAACGAUGCGCCUACAUCUUCUGCACCUGAGAAGGCUGCCUCGCCUCCACCAACUUCUAAAUCGCCUAAGCCAGGUGUGAGGUUCACGGAGCAGGCAGAAGAGAUUCCUCCCCAAAAGCCCCCGCGGCCCGUGGACCCGCAGGUGCAGGCGCAGAACACCUUGAUUGAGGCUUUCCCUGACAUCGACACAAACGUGGUAAAAGCAGUGCUUGUUGCCAGUGGUGGAAAGGUCGAGCCUGCGUUCAAUGCGCUGUUGAGCAUGUCUGACCCUAGCUUCAAGAGCGAAGAGGCGCCGCCCCCACAGCCUCCACGACCACAGCCUCGCAGCCAGCUCGAACAGGAUGAGAUGUAUGCUCGCCAGCUCGCUGAGCACUACCAGUCUCAGGGCGGCCAGCAGGGCCAAGGUGGCUAUGGUUCACGCACACAAGAAAGCGGUGCACGGCAGUCGCAGCCGUAUGCAAGGUCAAACAACAACAACAACAACAACAACAAAGAUGAACGCGAGUACAGCUUCUUCGACGAUGACCUCCCUGAAAUCCGCAAGAACAUCGAGCAAGGCUUUCAAGAGACACAAAAGACAGUCAACAAGUGGAUUACUAGCUUCAAGAAGAAGCUUGACGGCGAGCCCGACGAUUACGACCAAUACGGGAACCCUGUACACAACGAUCGAGAACAUGGACAGUCGUCGCAGAGCCGCCAGAACUAUGGCCCGUCACAAUCGGAUCAGCUCUACGGCAUUCGCAAAUCUGCUGAGCAACGCCGCUCUGCCGAUAUGCGCCGCUCUGCUGACCACAACCGCUACGAUGCAGACAACAGGGUACUCGGGGACGACUUCGCCCAGCUUGAGAUGAGGGACAACGACAGUCAGCAACGAUCGAACCGUCCAUCGGCCAACCCUGAUCUGUUCAAGCCGACACCAUUAUCACCACCCCAAAGCGGUCCCGUUGACGAGGUAGAUGCCUUGUACCGGAAUCCUUCGCCCAACAACCAAGGGCAAGGCAAGUCUGGUAGCAAAAAGUGGCAACCACUCACGUCCGUUGCACCACACCCCGAAACCGACGAUCACGACCCGUUCAGCCUCGGCGAUAGCGACGAUGAGGACAACAAAACCAAAGAUACAAACCCUGAGGAUACCGACAGGCUCAAGAAGGCCGCUCAGGCUAAGGCGGGCGCGACAACGGGUGAGCUGAAGCCCGCAACGCGGAGCGGAAGUGUAGGCCAGAAGGAUGCAGCUGCCGAAGCUCUGCUGAAGGAUGCGAAAUAG